AUGCUGGCCCAAUGCCGACCCCAAUACGUCACCGUUGCUGAUACUGUCCCUUAUUCUGAUUCUAUUAAGAAUCUCAUCUAUGGAAUUGAUUGCGCAACCCACACUAAUGAAGAAACCCAUUACGAUGAAGACUCCUUCUUCGAUCUGGUGCUCACAGGACCUGAUGGAAACCUAAAAGAGGACUAUAACUCCAAAUAUGUGAAGCAAGGGAAGAGCGAAUUUUACGGUAAAUCCAAAGCAUCAAAACAAGAGACAUUUGCCCAGAGGCAACAGUUUAAGAAGCAACUGAGAAAGAGAGAGACAAGGGAAUUUUCAGUUGACAACUCGUCGUCUAAGCAAUUUGCAAGAGCUGCUGAAGUACCCAAGUUCUUGAAAUUGGUGAAGCCUUUGUACGCCAGAAAUUCCAAAAUGUGCACUGAUAAAAUUAAAAUCUCGGAUCAGGUGUCGACACCAUUGCCUUCUCCGUUCGUGCAAUCAUUUAGCUCAUCCAAAAAGCAGUUGGAGGAGAAGCAGGGGAACAGAGUUGCUGGAUUUGGAGCUGUGUGUAAGCACGUAAUGAAGAGCCGAUCCACGGCUUCUUCAUCCUUUGCCGGAGCUUCAUCGUUGCCGACGAAUCGAAGGGAUGAUUCAUUAUUGGAGCAAAAUGACGGAAUCCAAGGUGCUAUUCUUCACUGCAAGAGAUCCUAUAGCACUGCAUCAAAAGAUUUUUCGAGGUUAUUACCAAGAUCUACAUCUGAAGAUGUACCAAGAGGCACUUAUUAUGAAGAACAGAGCAGAUGGAGCAUUUGAAUAAUCAACACUUAGAAGUAUUUUGAAUCAAACAGAGAACUGGUAGAAGCAUAGGCUUGUCCUGUUUCCAUUGCUUCUAUGAAUUGGAGAACCUACUUUUGUUUGUA